AUGGCACUACUCAAGCUUCUCGCAGGAACCAUCUGUCUCGCUGGCAUAGCGAAUGGUUUGGCUGUGACACAUUCCACCAGAGAUAAUGAGCUGGUUUCUCCAACCGUCGACCUCGGAUACUCGAAGUACCGUGGUGUCAGACUUUCAGGGGGAGUGGAUCAAUUCCUGGGGAUGCGAUAUGCGCAGGCCCCUCUCGGUGAACUCAGGUUUAGAGCGCCGCGAGAGCCAGAGUACGACGAUGAAGAAAAAGACUCAUCACAGUUCGGCGCUCUCUGCCCGGGUACAGGACAGCAGCCUGGCAACGGUCUCGAUGAGGAUUGCCUUUUCGUCGAUGUGUUCAAACCCUCAGACGCCACUGCGGAGUCUAAGUUGCCGGUAUUAAUAUAUAUUCAAGGUGGCGGGUACGCGGCAAUGGGGAACCCAAACUAUAACGGCACAGAGCUCAUUCGAUCUUCUGGUGGCAACAUGGUGGUAGUCAUGUUCAACUACCGCGUUGGCGUUCUUGGGUUCCUCGCCAGCAAGGGUUUCGGGCAUGACGCAGACUUGAAUGUCGGCCUUCUCGACCAACGACAACUAUUUCUCUGGGUCCAGAAGCAUAUCAACAAGUUCGGUGGCGAUCCGAGCCAUGUUGUCAUACAAGGCUCCUCAGCUGGAGGUGGUUCCGUAUCCCAUCACCUCACGGCCUACAGAGGCCACGAUAAGGAGUCCUUCUUCGUCGGAGCAAUCCUUGAGAGUCCGUUUUGGCCUACACUUCGAACCGUCCCGGAAAUGGAGUUUCAAUAUCAGCGGCUCCUGGGAUCCACUGGCUGCUCGUCCGUAGACUGUCUACGAAAGAUGAACGUUUCUGCUCUCCAGGCAGCGAGCGGCGUCUCCGCCUUUCCGGACACUGCACCUGGCGAUCCCCUACCUCAUUUUUACUGGCUACCUGUCAUCGAUGGCGAGUUGAUCCCCGGCCAACUCUAUACUCUAUUCUCGACUGGCCAGUUCGCUCAUGUGCCUAUGCUUCUGGGCCACGUUACCAACGAGGGUUCGUGGUUUGCCAACAAUGCGUCUAGUGCCGCGGAGGUCUCGUCUUUGCUUCGUGCCGACUACCCACAUCUCAAAGACACUCAACUAGGGUGGAUUAAUCACGCAUACGCAAAUAUGGCCCCCCUUCCUGGCCACGCAGCAUUCUACCCCAGUGCUUCGGCCGCGUAUGGUGACGCUACUUUUACCUGCCCUGCUAACGAUAUGGCCAGCGCCGUAGCCCGCUUUGUUGGCGAUGCUAAGGUGUGGAGUUACCGGUACAACGUUCUCGAUCCUGGAAUCGUAGCUGGUGGCUACGGUGUGCCCCAUACCUUUGAGACAAGCGCAGUCUUUGGCCCAGGACAGGCAGGCUGGGCUGCAGAUUCUUACUAUACAGUAAAUGCUCCCAUUGUGCCCAUUGUCAUGGGAUACUGGGCGAGUUUUGUGCGGAGCCUGAAUCCGAACACUUAUAAGUACCCAGGAUCGCCAGGCUGGGAAUCCUGGGGCAAUUUGUCGGGCUCACAACUCCGGCUGCAGACCAAUAACACAGGAAUGGAAGUGGUUCCCGAGUGGCAGAUCCGCAAUUGCACAAUGUGGAGGGGUUUGGCAUGCACGAUGGAGUUAUGA